ACUAAAAAUGGGAAAACUCACUCUCACAGUCACUGCAUGGGCUCGUCCCCUGCGCGUUCCGUUGCCCCUUUCAAAAUCAAUGUUUGUGACUCUGUGUUAUGAAUACAACCUCACAACUCUUUCUCUCUCUCUCUCUUUCUUGCUUUCUCCAUCUAAGCCAACGGCUGAGGGAGAAGUACUGAAGGAACCCUACUGACCCAUAUUUGAAGCUUUUUUGUUUUGCUUUUUGGGUUGACACCGCCGGAGCUGGAGAUGGAUAUGUACGGACUACCUGCCCCUGAUUUCUUCCACAUCGAAGACCUCCUCGACUUCCCCAACGAUGAUCUCUUUUCCUCUUCCACUCCUCUCCCUAACUCCGACAUCAACCACCACAACUACAACCACUUCCCUCGUCCUGAAAAUCCCGCCGGCAACCGCCCAUCCUCCAACUCAGUUAAUUGUGACGACUCCAACUCCAACAACUUCACCGACGAUCUCUGCGUUCCCAGCGAUGACAUCUCCGAGCUAGAAUGGCUCUCCAAGUUCGUGGACGACUCCUUCAUCGACUUUCCGGUUAAUGAAGUCGCGGAAACUACUAACUUUCAACCGGAAGCAUCAGUUCCCGGCAGGGCCAGGAGCAAGCGCUCUAGGGCGGCUUCAACACACCGUACUUGGACCUCUUCGCCGGAAUACGACAAUCUAGUUACUGGUAAGUAUAAGCUGAUAAGCAGUAUUACUAGUAGUAGCAGCACUGCACGGAAGAGAGAGAACUCAUCGUCGGUUUCGCCAGUGAUGGUGGGAGAGCAUUUGUCUCCGUCUCCUUCUCCUUCUCCUUCUCCGUCGCCAUCGUCCUCGUCAUCUACGUCAUGCGAGGUGCGCAAGUGCACGCACUGCGCAUCCGAGAAGACGCCGCAGUGGCGCACGGGACCACUGGGACCUAAGACGCUAUGCAACGCGUGCGGCGUACGGUACAAGUCUGGUCGACUGGUCCCGGAGUACCGCCCAGCUGCAAGCCCGACGUUUGUGCUGACUCAGCACUCGAAUUCCCACCGGAAGGUAAUGGAGCUGCGGAGGCAGAAAGAGGUUCUCCGGCACCAAGAAACCGGCAGCCACCACCAACAGCAGCAGCAGCAGCAGCAGUUACUUUUUCACCACCACCAUGACUUCACAGUUUGCUGAUCAUCGACGUUAGCUUGGGUGUCAGACUCUCUCUCUAUCCCUAUUCUAUCAGCUUUUGGUACGGCCCUACACGAGGAAGUUCGAUCACAUCACGUCAAAUCGGAAUACUUUUGUCUAGGGUUUUUUCUAACUUGUGUUAAAAACACUUUUACACUUCGACUCUUUGCUUCGUCUUUUUCUUUGAUUAUAUCCUUAAUUCAUGAAAUUUUCUGCUUUUCUUUUUUGUA